AACUACUGACAAAAGGUGGCGCUUCAUAAAGUUUACACAGUACAGCUGGUCGGAUCGGAUCGAUCCCGUGGAAAUUUGAAUCGAACUGAGUAAGAAACAGCGUCGUGGAAGGUACAAGACAAACUCUUCAUCAAUUAAGAUGUUCUAGGAGGACAAUCUACAAUGAGUAACCACGGAGAUCCCUGCAUUGUGAAGCUGUGCGCUGCUACGAACAACAGUAGCUCCGAGGACAUGGCGUCUUCGACGUCCACAACGACCGAUGGAGAUGACGACCUCCCGACCUUUGAGCACUGGUAUUGCACGGGGACCUCCUCCCCAAGAGAUGACACAGACCACACCUCCUUGGUGGUGGAAGCAUCCAGCUCAUCGCACUCUCUAGGUGAUUUGCCUUUCGGGGGUGCCGUGAUGAUGGAUCUACCCAAUAUCCUUGUCCCUUCAUCGCAACCCAGUGGCUCUACCGUCCCCCUCCUUGGAAUGGAAGAUUCCACUGCCAAACUGAGUCCAAUGCAAGGACAGUUUGAUCAGGAUGAUUCCAAGGUGCAAUGCGAGGGAGGGACGAAAGACAAGAAAAGUGAGGGAUCAUCUGGUAUGGAGCUCAGCGUAUCCUCAUCAAACCAGCUGGAAAUUCUGAACAAUUUACAGUCUGAGCUGGAAGAGACGAGAGCAGCUCUGGAAAUGACUGAGAGACAGCUGACACAGAAGAUGAAUGACAACGAUGAGGCGGCCAAAGAGAUUGAUACCGCCUGGAAGAUGGUUAGACAAUUGCAGAUGGAGAGAACCAAGCCAAUGCUACGAGGUCAAAAGAAUUCCAAGUUAUUACUACACAUCCUACAUCAAAUAGAGCAAGAAGGUGGGCCAGAGGGGGCGUGGCUAAGCCAGGAGGGACUGGAGGGGGCACUCCUCCAUCUCUACAUUGCUAGGGAAGAUGCUAUCAUGGCAAAGAAGCUUGCUCAGGAACAAGUCCAGGAAAUAUCCCAGCAGUAUCAGUCGAUGCGAGGCAAACUCCAGUGUUUGACAGCUGGCCUACAAGGUUUACUCGGCAAGCCAAUGGAGGAGGGGGCACUGACCUUUGACCUGGAGGUCAUAGGUCAAGAGGAUACCCCUGGCAGAGCGACAGAGCGGGACGAGCUUUGCUUCACUUUGCUCGAGCAACUGAAGAGCAAGUUGCACUCACAGGACUUGCAAGCCACUCGUUGGCAGAUGAUGACGUCCCAACUACGCCGAGAGUUGGAGCAAUCCAGACAACGAUGUGAAGCUAAGAUGGACACUCUGUGUCAGGUGGAAGACGAGUGUCGGAGGAGGACUGAGGAGGCAGAGUCUGGGAGACUUAAGGAGAGGAAACAAGAUCAGUUGAUCCAGGCACUCACAGCAAAGAUGGCAGAGUGCGACAGAGAGAAUGCAACAUCUCAGAAAAUCCACAGUGAGCUAGAGGGUCGCAUCAGCCGACUGUCGGAGCAGCUUCACAGAACUCUCAAAGAGCAUGAAGAGAACCUCAAAUGCCAGCAAAAGGUCAUUUCGCUGGAGGAGCAGCUUAAAAUUGCCAAGACAACCUGCAAUGAAUUAUGGGAACAACAACAUGACAUUGCCUCUCAGCUUGCUUCUAAGACAACAGAACUUGAACAACUACAAAAUAGCUCAUCUAAUGGGACCAAUGCUACAGAUGGUAUGCAUGCUGGUUGUUCUCAUGACGAUCCAUCCAUAAACUGUGAUCAGCCAAUCAGUACCAACGCAAUGGAGGAGAUUCGUGAGCAGUUUGCUAGGCAUAUGACCCUCGCUGAGGAGCUGGAGACUGAACGACAGAAAUCCUACCAACUCAGGAAUGCAAGGCUGGCUAGUGAUGAGUCAGCAUGCUUGAAUGUGAGAACGGAGCUAUCCAAGGAGCGUGAAGCUUUGCAAGAAGGACAGAAGAAACAGGAGAUGGCCCAGCAAAAACUGGAGGAAGAAAAACGAUCGCAGGAAGAACGCGUCCAGAAAAUGACUGAAUCGUUGUUGGAGGUGAGCCAAGUCCGAGGCCAUUUGACCUCUGACCUGAGCCAAUCCCAGCAUGAAGCUGAGAAGUUCAGGAGACAGCUGGUGGCAGCAUCCACUUCCCUGGAGUACGAGAAACAAGCCAGAGAGACCAUACAAGUCAAGUUUGACAAGUCAGAGGAGCAGGUAUCCCAGAUGCAACACCAGCUGACAACGCUCCAGCGAGAUUACCAACUGACCAUUCAGAAGUGUGCUGAGGCUCAGAGACAGGUGGCUGUCAUCCAAUCAGAGCGAGACAAAUACAGAGAGGAAUACGUGAGGGUUUCUGAGGAAUUGAAAAAGACGUCCGAGGCAUUGCAGGGCUUGGAGCGCCAGACCUCCGUUACUAUGGCAACCCGGGAGCUUGAAGCCAACGCCAAGCUGACCGAGAAGGCCAUCUUGAAUUCAGACCUGGCCAGGAGAUUGGAGACUGUGACCGGCGAAUGGAAUGAACGGAACGAAAAGAUCAAAAGCUUGGAAGAAAAACUGAAAGAGUACGAUCAGACAUUGGCGGAUCUGCGAACAGCAAAAAGUUGUUGUGAGCAGUUGCAAUCCCACGUUGCUCAACUACAAUCUGACUUAGCCACAUCCCAGUCAACCCUCCAAGAAUUAACAGCUCUGAGACAACAGCAAGAAGCGGAUUUAGACACCACACAGGAGGAGCUGAACAGCGCCCUCGCUGGGCAGACUGCACUCACCAAGAAGCUGAAGAAGCAGAAGGUGGGGUCAGAGAGCACCCUCAGGGGUCUGGAAGAGGAGAGGGAUGUCCUGACCAAUAAGCUCACAGAGGCAACCAAGAAUCUAGCCAACAUACAGCAGCAGUUGAAGGCAGCCUUGGACAGCAAACUGCAUCUCAUACAGGACAAGCACAAACUGCGCGAAACCUGCAACGCAUUGGAAGAACAGAGCAAACUGGACCAAGAUCAGCUACAGAGGGCGCUCUGCAAAGCAGACAACCUCACACAGCAAUUGGAGGAAGAGACAAAGAUCAAGAGUGAGUGUCAAGAAUGUUUAACUGAAGCAACAACGAGCUUGGCAUCGAUGAAGAUAGAGGUCAAGGAGGAAGGGUUAAAGGUCACGACCCUGUCCACUGAGGUGUAUGCUCUGAGGGACACGGCACGUUGUCAGAAGAAUCAAAUCGUGGAGCUGACUAGCCAGGUUCAAGAACUGCAGUUGGAACUACAAUCUGCAAUCCACAAACAUGAUCUCCAGUACAACAAACUGAUGUCAUCCUCGGAGAAAACAAUAUCUGAACUCGAGAAAACAUGUGAAAAACAAGAGGAGCAACUCAAAGAUGUUUGUAAAGAGAACAGCAAAAUACAGGCAGAACUAAAUCUCCUCAACAAUGCAUUUUCUAAGAAGCGAUGUGAAUACAACCGGGCCCUCCUUGUGCUCCACAAGGCUGAGAUGAAAGAGAAAGAAAUGAUGAGCGUCAUCCAUCAGUUGGAAGGACAGUUGGAUGUCGAGAAGAACGUCCAAGACCAACUCAACAAGAGCUGUGAGAGUCACGAAGCUGAGCUGCAGAGACUACGGAAGACAGCGAAGGACAAAAAGCAAAAUAUGGAAGAGCUGAAAAACACCAUGGAAUGUAACACAAAGAUUGAGCUGCAGCACAUCAAAGCAGAACUCACUCGGGAGAUAAUCAACAAGAUUGAGAUCUCGCCACAGAAAGAAAACCAAAGUAAUGCAGACAGGUCAAAGGAAUGUAUCCAAGAGCUUGAAGCUCAGGUGUCCAAGUUGGAAGGUCUGCGAUCCGUGGACAAGCUCACCAUAGCAUCACUGACAGAGGAUCUGAACAAACUACAAACAUUUCUAGCUAAGCAGAAAGGAGCAUUGCUCAAACGCAAAUCCCAUGCUAAACCAAGGAAAGAUGAUAUCAAAGCAGCUCUUGCAAAAGCCCAUGUGAGGGCGCUGUCUAUGAACUUGGCCGACAACUACCCCACUGUACAGUCGCCGCUCUUCGGCAACGCAGAAUGGUUUGACACCGGCAAGGCAUCGUCACCAAAGAAAAAGCCUAGUUACGGUUACUGGGAGACCAAAUCCACGGACUCCAUAGCAACCAGUAGCGAUGAGUACUCAUCUUGAAGUGAACAUUAAAACAAACAAAUAAACAAUCAAACUGAAGCUUAGAUCACCAAAGGGCUCUGUUGUCAGAAAAUAUCCUGUGAAACUAUAAAAAGAGGC